ACUCGUCUCAAUUCCACACGCACACGCUUCUACCCUAGCUUUACAAAAUCCCCAAAAUCACAAAUCCACAACCCUAAAAAAAUCUAGGGUUUCUCCAAACACACACAGAGAGCGAGCGAGAAGGAAAUCGAAUCAAUCAACCAUGCCGAAGAACAAGGGAAAGGGAGGAAAGAAUCGCAAGAGAGGAAAGAACGAAGCCGACGACGAGAAGCGCGAGCUCGUCUUCAAGGAAGACGGCCAAGAAUACGCCCAGGUCCUCCGCAUGCUCGGAAACGGCCGAUGCGAAGCCAUGUGCAUCGACGGCACGAAGCGUCUCUGUCAUAUCCGUGGGAAGAUGCACAAGAAGGUUUGGAUCGCUGCCGGUGAUAUUAUUCUCGUCGGACUUCGUGAUUAUCAGGAUGAUAAGGCGGAUGUGAUUCUGAAAUACAUGCCGGAUGAAGCCAGGCUGCUUAAGGCGUAUGGUGAGCUGCCGGAUAAUACGAGAUUGAAUGAAGGGAUUGGGGCUGGGCUUGAUGAGGAGGAUGAUGGAGAUGCGAAUGAUUAUAUCGAGUUUGAGGAUGAGGAUAUUGAUAAGAUUUAAGUUUUUUUUUUCUUUUUUUGAAGGUGGAAUUAUAAUGUUUUUUUACGAUGAUGAUGAUGAUGAAGUGAAUCUAUGGUAUGUAAUGUUUAGAGGUUUUAAUUUUGAUGUUGUAGUGUGAGAUAUGGAUGUGGUUUUAUGAAUUUAUGAUCAAUUUCAAUGCACAAUAAUGAUAGCUUGUUAUAA